UUAUUAUUUACUCGUGGAUAAGACAAUGUUUAAAAUUAUGAAGCAAUAGUGGGUAUAUAAACAAAAUAUGGAUGUUCUUUAUGGCUGUCAUUGAGUACAAAAGUGUAUAUUUUAAAUAAAGAAUGCAAAACGACAAUGUAUAGUAGUUCUAGCGAUCUCCUGGAUAGCCAUGUAUUGGGCAAUGACAAGCUUGCCCUGCCUACAAUGGAAAGAUCAACUAGAUCAAGUCUUGACGCCAAUAGUGUCGAAAUUGGCGAAAUAACAGAAUCUCCAGACACUGAAUAUAUGAGUACAUCUGCUAUUUUACAUUAUUGUAAAUCUAAGAUAUUACUUCCUUAUUUAAAACUCCUUACAGUUAUGGGAUUAAGGCCUGUAGUGGAUGCUUCAAACUCAUCAAAAUAUGCAAUUUGUUUUUCGCAUUUUCACUCUGCACAGGUUGCAGUAUUUCUUUGUCUAGGAUAUAUACUUCAAUACAUGGCAUGUUUUAGGCGAGACAGAGGUUUUUGCUACAAAUUAAUUCCUUUAGCGCUUACUUCUUCCUUUGAAUACGAUGCCUAUAAACAAGUGUGUUAUGGCAAUGUAGCAUUUACGUAUAUUGGACCCAGCGUGUUACAUUUUAUAGGUUUUCUCUAUGCAUUAUAUCUCUUCAGAAUAUCAGAUAACGAACAAUUACAAAAUCUGAUGGAAAGGGUUUUCUUGUUAUCAUCUUACGCGCCUCAAGGGACGCCAACUGCUAAACCGAAACGCUUACUGCGAAUGUUAUGGUUCUUCAUAAUCCUCAGUAUUCUGUGGAUGUGUAUUUCGUUAUGCUCUGUCAAUUUAAUGAUGGCAAGAGGAACUAUCAUGUUCAGGUGGAUGGAAUCAAGUUCCAGUGACAUGAUACUUGGAUUAAAGAUAUUACUUAUAAUAUGCACUUUGAUCCACGAUAUGGUGCAAGCUACUGUGAUUACAAGCUACUGUCUUCAAGCUCAACUGUUGCAAGCUCAUCUCAUGUUUUUAAAAGAACGUCUAUUAAACAGGACAAUAACUCCUUUAAACUGGAUGAGGGAAAUUGCCGAAUUUCGUAAAUUACUGAAAUAUUUGAAUAACGACUUAGCACCUGCAGUAUGUUUAUUUACGAUUGUCAAUGUUUCGUGGGCUACGUCUGGUAUAAUGUGGUUGCUGAAUCUAGACAAAGUGGAUACCGGUACUGAACCUAUAGCUGGCAUUAGUGUUCUUAAUCUUUUACUUUGGAUAUCAGCUGUCAUGGUACCUUUUAUACAGGCGGCGCGGCUGUCGCAGGAGUGCGCGCGCACGCAGGGCGUGGGUCACGAGCUGUGCGCGCGGCCCUUCCUGCACCGCGACACGUCGGCCGAGGACAUCGGCGCCGUGCUGGCGUUCGCGGCGAGCCUGCGCCUGCGCGCCAAGCUGUUCCACUGCCCCGUGGCCGGCCGCCACGUGUGCGUGCUGCUGGCGCUCGCCGUCGUCGUGCUCUUCGCCCUGGGAAUGUGCCAUUACCUCCAGUGAUCGUCUCCGGGACGUUUCGUUUUAAAUUAAACUCAAAAAUAUUGUAAUAUUUUUAUUUCCACGUCUAAAUGAAUGGUCGCACAUAUUUUGUUCCUAUAAGUUAAUAAUGUAGAUUUGUAAAUAACAUUUUUUUCUACAAACUUGUAGCUGAUUACCGUUUAGUUAACUUAUUGUUAAUUUUGUAAAUUAAGUAUCAAUAUUCUAAUUCAACGAAAUAUUGCACCAAAGAAUAUAUAAAUUAUUUAAAACCAAAAUUUAAUUUUU